AUGCAGCCUUUUUCCGUCGUCGAACACGAAGACUUCCUCAACAUGGUGACACGGCUUGCGCCGACCAAGACUCCAUUGACGAGACGUGCGCUCAUGGAACGCAUUGCUGCCCGCUCUUACAAGACCAAGCAGCGGUUACUGGACGAGUUGGGGAGAGCUGAGCACAUCGCAAUCACGACCGAUUGCUGGAAAAGUUUCAACCGUGCGUUCCUCGGGGUCACCGCCUUGUGGCUCGAUUCGUUGACACUGGAGAGAAAGACGGCGGCACUGUGUUGCAGAAGAGAAAGAGGCAGCAUGACGUAUAAAAAGAUUGCCGAGGAGCUAGAGGAAGUGUUUCUAGAUUACAAGGUGCACAGCAAAGUGGUCAAGGUGAUCACGGAUAAUGGCUCGAAUUUCCUCAAGGCAUUCCGAGUUUAUGGUCAACAUGACGAAGAGAGUGAGGAGUUAGACAUAGUGGAUUUGGCGUCAGUUCUGGAGAAUGGUCAGCCGUUUCGUUUCCCUCCACAUCAAAGGUGCGCUGCGCACACGCUGAACCUUGUAGCAAGUGUCGACGCCCAAAGAGCCGACCACGACAAGGACUAUCGAACCUUAAGCCAGUCGGUCUUCGGCAAGUGCCAGAGCCUCUGGACCAAGCAAAACCAAUCAACGUUGGCCGCAGAUGAAAUUCAUGACCUCUGCGGAAGGUAUCUUGUUGUGCCCAACGCCACGCGUUGGAAUUCACGGUACGACGCGAUGCGAUGCCUGCAAGGUAUAUUAGAGGAGAAGCCGCAAAAACUGGAGGAGCUGUGCCUGCGGCUGAAACUUCCGAUCCUUCGUCGCCUAAUAGAAGCAGAUUUCAUAAACGAGUACUGCGAGGUGAUGAAGCCGAUUGCCAACGCGCUGGACAUACUGCAAGCGGAUGACAAGAUGUAUCUUGGGUACCUGCUGCCCACAAUAACUGCAACAAGACGCAGACUAGCGGCGCUAUCCGGCCUCCAGUAUUGUAGGCCGCUAAAAAGCGCAAUUACCGACGGCAUUGAAAAAAGGUUCGCGGGUGCCAUGGACGACACCGCUCUGGUGAUAAGCGCUGCCCUCAUCCCGCGCUUUAAGCUGCAGUGGGUACCGGAAGCUGACCGUGACAGAGUGAUCCAGUUGCUGAAGACUGAGGUCUCUCGCCUGCCACGGCGGGAACACCACGUAACUUCAGACCCCCCAGCGACAGGAGAGCCUGAAGAUUUCUUCAGCUUCAACGAGGAAGGCCACUGCAGGCGGGAUUCAGAAGCCCAGGACGUCAUGCUUUACUUGCAGUAA